AUGUCUACAAAUAUCCGAUCGGAGCGACUGGCCAAGUAUUUUGGGGCCGUCCUCCGUGGAAACCAAGAAGUCCAGGAUCAGAACGAUUUCAAGCGAUUUAUUGAAGCAGUUCUGGACCAAAAAGAUCCUAGCAUUGUUGUUCAGCGAAUCAUUUCAAGCAAAAGCGCUCUAAAUGCCUUGCGAAACGGACUGAGGUUCAACCUCACACCGGUCUUCAUCAACGGAUACACCGCGAAGUUAAUUCAAUACCUGAACCACCGCGAAGUCAAGCUUCUCUGUAACGGCCAAUUUCUUGAACAGCUUCUUUUGAUCAUUUUGGAGCCUCGUACACUCUGGGGCGCAUUUCUGGAGGCGUUCCGCACGCGGAAACUAACAGAGAGUGCGAUCCAGGCUCUAUGCUGGUUGAUGACGGAGUUGCUUUCAUUGCCUCCCUCUUGCGGCGUGGAUAUUGGAGCCGAUGCCCAGAUUGUUUUAGACGAUGGGUCGCUUUUCACUUCGCCCUCGGUCGAUAUACGAAAUGCAGGCCACAAGAUCAGAUAUCGCCUGGAGAUGAAAUCACCCACAGCCACCCUCCAGCACUCUGAGAUUACUGCGGGCGGUCGACAUGAUAAUGAUUUUGCUGAUUUCCGCUUGACGACCAUUUUCCCUACUGCCGAUGAGUUAGUAUGUACGGAGAAGCCGUUCUAUCGACGUGCUGAAGACAUCGCGCAGCUGCCCAGCGGCCAACGCAUUGCGGGCCACAUUGACAACCAAUUUCGCCUUUUACGAGAGGAUAUGCUCUCGGAGCUCCGCGAUGACUUUCAAAUUGCAAGAGGCACAAAGAAGGGGCGCCGGUCGGCUUUCCACUUACAAAAUCUCUUUCUCGCUAAGAUCCGCUGCACUUCUGGGCCUCAGAAUCGCCUUCGACCGUGUACCAUUGGCGUUACUGCCGCGUUUGGCUUGGAAAAACUUAAAGGUCUUUCGGAAAGUCGUCGCACUGAUUUUUUAAAGACCACGCCUCAGUUUGUGAAGCAUCGUGCCCUUGGAUGUCUGGUUAGAGACACAGAAGUCGUGGCUUUUGCUACAAUCGAAAGAGAAAUUGACGAACUAGUAUCCAAUCCUCCAGUGGUCAUGCUACGUAUUACAGGUGAAGAGGCGCUCAAGAAGUCUCUGCUUUACCUAAAACUCUACCAAGACGUGGAGUUCCUACUUGUCGAAACGGCAAUGUUCGCAUACGAGCCAAUCUUGAAAGGCUUGCAAGAAAGGAUCGAUCUGCCUCUCACAGAAGAGUUGUUCCUUUACGAGAGAGACCAUCCAGUGAAAGAAUCAACUCUAGCUCCUUGGAAUGUGGUCAACAAGUUGAAGGAAGAAUAUGGAUGUAAUAUCCAGGGCACCCUCCAAACUUCAACGCCAGUGACACUGGACUCUUCACAGCUAGACUCUAUGUUGGCCGGGCUGACACAGAGAGUGAGUCUUAUUCAAGGACCACCAGGCACCGGCAAGUCAUUCAUCGGUGCCCUUCUCGCAAAGGCCCUGCAUGAUAAUACCAAAGACAAGAUCUUGGUUAUGUGCUACACGAAUCAUGCCUUGGACCAGUUCCUGGAAGACUUACUAGACAUUGGAAUCGAUCCCUCCGACAUCGUAAGACUCGGAUCUAAGUCGUCACAACGCACUGAGCAGUUGGGAUUGUUCAAACAGCACUCGUCCUACAAGAGGGACCACACCACCUGGAGCACCAUCAAUGCGCUCGAAGCGGACGGAAAUGAGCAAAAGAACACUUUGAAUAGAUCCUUCCAAGCCUACAGGAACCUCAUAGCUAAUGAUGUGUCUAUCUUGGACUAUCUGGAGUUUGAAGAACCGGAGUACUUCGCAGCUCUGACCGUGCCAGAGGACGAAAAUGGGAUGACUCUAGUCACCCAGGGUGGAAAAUCACCCAGGAACUACCUUUACGCGCGGUGGAGAAGAAACGAAGACGCAGGAGUGUAUGCCAAUCUUCUUCCUGCCCAUUGUCACAAUAUCUGGAAACUAGAUAAGAACAUAAGGGAGGAGAAAGACAGGACUUGGAGGAGAGCUCUACUAAAUGAACAGGCGGAGUCUUUGAGCGUCAGCAUAGCAUUGUUCGACAAAUGCCAAAACCGACUGAGCGCUACCCUGGGUGCGAAAAACCGGGAAAUUUUGAAAUCAAAGCGGAUCAUUGGCUGUACCACUACAGCCGCGGCAAUGUACUCUGAAGACAUUCGACAUGCUUCACCUGGCAUUGUUCUUCUUGAAGAAGCGGGCGAGAUUCUCGAGUCCCAUGUGCUUACAGCGAUGACACCAGAAACCAAGCAUUUGAUCUUGAUAGGAGAUCAUCAACAGCUACGGCCAAAGAUCAACAGUUACAGCUUGAGCACCGAGAAAGGAGACGGUUAUGACCUGAACGUCUCUCUUUUUGAAAGACUCAUACAUAUCGGGUUUCCACAUACGACAUUGACCAAGCAACAUAGAAUGUGUCCCGAGAUCUCAAGUCUCGUACGCAAUCUCACCUAUCCUGCGCUGGAAGACGAUGAGAAGACCAAAAACCGCCCUCAGCCACGAGGGCUGUGCGACAGAGUCAUAUUUUUCCAUCAUGAAAAUCCCGAAGACAUUUUUGUCCAGGUGUCUGACCGAAGUGAUGAGAACUCGAACGGGAGCAAAAGAAAUGCGUUCGAGGCAGAGAUUGUACUCAAGAUCGUGAAGUAUCUCGGGCAACAAGGGUAUGGAACAGACAAGUUGGUCGUGUUGACCCCAUAUUUGGGUCAGCUCAGUCUGUUGAGGCAGACUCUGAGCAAACAGAAUGAUCCAGUACUAAAUGACAUCGAUUCCUACGACCUUGUCAGGGCAGGUCUUCUGUCACACGCGGGGGCUUCCCACUCUAAGCGCCAAAUCAAGCUGUCUACAAUUGAUAACUUCCAAGGAGAAGAGAGUGAAAUUGUUAUCGCUUCGCUCACCCGUAGUAACAAAACUGGCGACAUAGGAUUCAUGGCGGCCCCCGAGCGCCUCAACGUCCUUCUUUCCCGCGCCAGAAAUGUGCUUAUUCUGGUGGGAAACUCGGAAACAUUUGUCUCUAGUCGAAAGGGUCAAAAGCACUGGAAACCAUUCAUUGACCAACUGAAGUCAGAGGGACAUAUAUACGAUGGACUGCCUGUCCAAUGCGAGCAACAUCCCCAAACAAAUACCAUUCUCCGAACAGUUGAAGACUUCAGUAGAGAAUGCCCGGACGGAGGAUGCUCUGCCCCGUGCGGCGUGAAAUUGAGUUGCGGAGUACACCAGUGCCCGUCAAAAUGCCACCAGCUUGCGGACCAUUCGAAAAUGAAGUGCACAAAAAUCGUGAAAUGGAAGUGUCCCCGGGGUCAUUCUUUAUCUCUGUCCUGUUCCCAGGCCAAGGGUUCGUGUCGAUUCUGCAUUCAAGAAGACCAGGUCAAAGAGCGCCGGCGUAAACGCGAUCUAGAGUUGGAGCGAGAACGGCAGAGAAAGCAGAAUGAGUACGCCCGGCAGCUUGCAGAGGCUCAGGAGGAAGCCUCCCAUCUCAAACGUGUUCGACGUGAUGAAUUCGAUGACGCGGAGCGAGCGAGGGUUCUUGAACAACAUCGCCAGGAAAUUGAAGAUCUGAAGAACCCCCCACGACCACCCUCGCGACCAGCAUCCCCUCAACGGACAUUGAGCUCUGGAACAAUCACAAGUAUACCCUCAACCACCACAGAAGCAAGCUCGGAUUCCAGCGUUACAGAUUCCAGCGUUACAGGCACUCAAAGCCCUAGUGUUCAGCCUACAGGUCGACAGGUAAUGCCGCCGAAAGAGACAUCGGCGGCUAAAGGAGACUGGAACUAUCAAAAGAAGUUCCUCAAUGCCCAAAGCCAGGAGAUCGACAAUUUAAUUGACAUGAUCGGACUUGAGUCAGUGAAGAUGAAAUUCUUGUCUAUCAAAGCGAAAGUGGACGUUUCUAUCAGACAGAACAUCGACUUGAGCCACGAUCGAUUUGGAUCUGUAUUGCUCGGGAAUCCUGGUACCGGAAAAACAACCGUUGCCCGUCUCUAUGCAAAUUUCCUAUCGUCCAUGGGGAUCAUUCCGGGCGACAAAUUCAUCGAGACAACCGGGUCCAGGCUCGCGAACGAUGGUGUUUCGGGAUGUCAAAAGAUCAUCGAGAAUCUCCUGAAAGAUGGCGGUGGUGCAAUCUUCAUCGAUGAAGCGUAUCAACUUGUCGGUAGCAGUUUCGGUGGUACACAGGUUCUAGACUUCCUCUUGGCGGAGGUUGAAAACCUCACGGGAAAAGUUGUCUUCAUUCUUGCCGGGUAUCAAAGACCGAUGGAGAAGUUCUUUGCGCACAAUCAGGGACUUCCUAGUCGUUUCCCGCAUGAGCUCAAGUUUGAGGAUUUCGACGACACUGAGUUGAUGCAAAUUUUGAUUGGAUGCAUCGAGAAGACAUACAGAAAGCAGAUGAAAGUUGAGGAUAACCUUGGAGGACUUUACUGUCGCAUUGUAGCUCGUCGAGUUGGCAGAGGACGUGGUCGUGAAGGCUUUGCCAAUGCACGAGCCGUUGAGAAUGCCAUGUCCAAGAUCUCUGAGCGGCAAGCUGCACGAGUCAGUCGGGAAAGACGACAGGGUGGUGGCAAGAUUGACGAUUUCUUCCUGAGCAAGGAAGACAUGAUCGGUCCAGAUCCAUCGCAGGCUUUAAAGUCAUCCAGUGCUUGGAAAAAGUUGAAGAGUAUGAUUGGCUUGGACGCUGUGAAGAAGACGGUAGAGGCUAUUUUGGACACCAUGCGCUACAACUUCCGGCGUGAGCUGGAUGAGAAGCCACUGGUUGCAUACAGUCUAAAUAAAGUCUUCUUAGGAAACCCCGGAACGGGGAAAACUUCUAUCGCAAAGAUCUAUGGUCAAAUACUUGUCGACAUAGGAUUUUUGUCCAAUGGCGAAGUGGUGGUAAAGAACCCAGCAGAUUUUGUUGGCAGCGUGAUCGGAGGGUCCGAAAAGAAUACCAAAGGGAUACUCGCAUCUACAUUGGGAAAGGUGCUAGUUAUUGAUGAGGCCUACGGACUGUUCGCUGGAGGUACCUCAGAUGGAGCAGGUCCCAGGAGUGACCAAUUCAGAGCUGCCGUGAUCGACACCAUUGUGGCAGAAGUACAAAGCACACCUGGUGACGAUAGGUGUGUCUUGCUUCUGGGUUACAAAGAUCGUAUGGAAGAGAUGUUCCAGAAGGUCAACCCUGGUUUCAGCCGACGCUUUCCAAUGGACCAGGCAUUUGUCUUCGAAGACUUCACCUCGAAUGAACUGGACGCGAUCUUGAAUCUUAAGCUCAAGGAGCAAGGCUUUGGAAUAACUGAUCUUGGCCGCCGCGUGGUAUUGGAGAUGCUCGAGCGUUUCCGCAAUCGCCCACAAUUUGGCAAUGCAGGCGAGAUUGAUAAGCUGCUCGACAAUGCCAAAAUGCGGUAUCAAAAACGCCUCUCUUCCAUCAAACGCCCCGGUUCUCUUCCAGAUUCUAUUCUUGAUGCUCCUGACUUUGAUGAAGACUUUGAUCGUGCGGAUAAGAAGGAAAGUGUUGCGAAGAUGUUUGAGGGUGUCAUCGGAUGUGAAGGUAUCGUUGCCAAACUGGAAGGCUAUCGACAAAUGGUUCAGAGCCUCAGACGACUGGACUUGGAUCCGCGCACACAAUUACCGUUCAACUUUGUUUUCCGUGGUCCUCCAGGUACCGGGAAAACAAGCACGGCCAGAAAGAUGGGUCAAGUUUACUACGACAUGGGCCUUCUAGCUUCGAGUGAAGUGGUCGAAACAUCAGCGACGGACCUGGUGGGUCAAUAUGUAGGCCAAACAGGCCCGAAGACCCAGAGCGUCCUGGAACGUGGCCUUGGAAAAGUAUUGUUCAUCGAUGAAGCCUAUCGGCUGGCCGAGGGACUGUUCGCCAAAGAAGCCAUGGAUGAGAUUGUGGAUUGCAUUACAAAACCCAGGUUUGCACAAAAGUUGAUCAUCAUUCUAGCCGGGUACGAUGCAGACAUCAACCAGCUCAUGUCAAUAAAUCCGGGGCUCACCAGCCGCUUCCCAGAGUCUCUUCAAUUUGAUCCACUCUCCUCGGCAGACUGUAUCAAGUUAAUUUACGAGCUCUUGUUGAAAGAGAAAAGAGAUCUCCUCAGCAAAUCGCAGGCCCAAUUCGACCUGGUCUGCUUGGAGAGUCCGGACUUCGAGUUUAAGAAGGGAAUGUCGCGGCGUUUUGAUAGACUAUCAAAAACUGCAGGCUGGGCAAAUGCACGAGACGUUGGAACGCUCACGAAGACGAUCUUUGGCAAAACUCUUCAGUCAUCUAGCGGGAAGAAACUGGUUCUGAACAAAGACACGGUGCUCGAAGCGCUCGACUCAAUGAUCAAUGAGCGAUCUAGCCGCGAAGUCUUCUCACAGAGCCCUCUAUCAACUUCAGUCAAAACGAGGGAGCAAACAGACCUGGCUGUACGUACACAACCUUUGAGCAAUCCUGUUACCACGCCGAACAAUCAAGGCUCGGUCAAUGAAGAGGUGGCCUCUAGCAAUAAACCAGACCCGGCAGAGCCUGGAACAGACACAUCCACUUCUACCACGGAGCGAGAUGCUGGUAUUCCCGACGAAGUGUGGUAUCAACUCGAAAAGGACAAAGCUCUGGCAGAAGCUAAAGAGAAAGAGUUCUUGCGUUUGAAAGAUGAAGAGGAAGAGCAGAAGAAGGAGAUGUUGAAAUUGAAGGCGGCGGAGGAGAAGGCAGCACAGGAGCUGGAAGAGGCAAAGAGAAAAGCAGACGAAGAUGCAAAGAUUCGCCACGAACAAGCCCGAUUACAGCUUGAGCUGGAGCGCAGGAGACAGGAAGCAAUCUUGGAGAAAAUCCGCAAGCAGCAAGAGGCUUUGGCUGAGGCACGUCGUAAGGAACAAGCCAAUCAGAUGAAGCUGCGGUCCAUGGGAGUCUGUGUACAGGGCUACCAGUGGCUUAAACAAAACGGUGGAUACCGAUGUGCUGGUGGUUACCAUUGGGUCUCGGAUGGUCAGCUUGGAAGUUCUUGA